CCACGUUGGAUCGAACAGUUGGUAUCGUAUGGUGCCUUCGGGCUCUCGGGACCGCGGCCACGAUCUCUUCAGAGUCCGGACUCAUCGAUCAUUGAUCAAUAUGAUCAAUACCAUGAAACGCGAUGAAAGAUCACGCCAAGUGGAGCCGCCCCUAGUUCAGCUGCCGUGCAGUAUCUCGAGUAGCGUGUCGGAGCUCGAAGAUCUUGUAAGCCUUUGCACACCGUGCACGAGCUGUGGGUGUUGUCGGCCAGAUAUCUCCCCGAGCACGAUUCUGGAUCCUAUAUAAAGCGCUGUGGAUGACCCUGUUUUAUCAUCUACCCAUUCUAUACUCCCUGGCCGCGAUAGAAGCGAUAUUUCGCUCUUCACAAUAAGAGAUUUUCACGUUACACUGUCCUCUUGUCUGCUUGAUUUGCGAAAUCCUCAAGCAUCAUGGCUGGCCCCCCUUGGUCCACAGUCUAUGUCGGGAUCGCGGCCUACACGAUCACUCGGUCGACCGUGGGCAUGUUUUUUCUCCUAUCCUUCGUCGCAACCGUGGCCAAGAUCGUCUACAAGUUGACCUUGUAUCCUGCUUAUUUUUCUUCUGUGGGCCACAUCCCAUCCCCGUCGCGCCGAUCAUGGCUCACGGGAAACUCAAAGUCCUUUUUCAUUGAGUCGCCGUUCGAGGAGAUGCGCGAAUGGAUCACCUCCAUCCCCAAUAAUGGCCUGAUUCGCUAUUACAUCGCCGGAAACCUGGAGCGUGUGCUCCUGACCAGUCCCAAGUCAUUGAGCGAGCUGCUGGCGCACAAGGUGUACGAGUUCCCGAAGCCCGAUAUCAUUCGCGCCAGUCUGGCUCGUGUCACUGGUGAGCACGGCUUGCUCUUGGUUGAGGGCGAUGAACAUAAGCAACAAAGAAAGAACCUCAUGCCGGCUUUCGCAUACCGACACAUCAAGGAAAUCUACCCCAUCUUCUGGACCAAAAGCGCCGAGAUGGUCAAAUGCAUUGAAGACGACUUGAAGAACCGCGCCGACCCAACAGACAACAUCGUCUGCAUCGGCACCUGGGCCAGCCGAGCCACGCUGGACAUCAUCGGAGUCGCCGGGAUGGACCACGACUUCGAUGCCCUCCGGAACCCCAACAACGAGCUCCAGCGGCAGUACCAAACGAUCAUGUCCGACCCUCCCCUCGGAAUGAAAGUGCUGUACGUCUUCGCCAUGAUGAUGGGCAACCCCGGCUGGGUCACCAAGCUCCCCCUCAAGCGCAACGAAGACAUCAUGAACGCGUCCGAGGUCAUCCGCAGCGUCGCACGGCAAAUGAUCCGCGAGAAGCACCAAAAGCUCAACACCGACACCACCGGCGUCGACAUCCUCUCCGUCGCCCUCCAAAGCGGCUCCUUCACCGAAGACGAGCUCAUCGACCAAAUGAUGACCUUCCUGGGCGCCGGCCACGAAACCACCUCCACCGCCCUGCAAUGGGCCAUCUACGCCCUCUGCAAACACCCCGACGUCCAGGCCCGUCUCCGCGACGAAGUCCGCUCCAACCUCCCCUCCAUCUCCACCGACCAUCCGGCCCCCUUGUCCGCCACCACCCUCGAUGCCCUCCCCUACCUCAGCGCCGUCUGCAAUGAGAUCCUGCGCUUCCACCCCUCCGUGCCCUCCACCGUGCGCAUCGCCAGCCGCGACACCACCCUCGUCAACACCCCCAUCCCCAAGGGCACGCUCUUCCUCAUCGCCGCCGCCGUCAUCAACCACAACAAGGAGCUCUGGGGCCCCGACGCCGACCAGUUCAACCCCGAGCGCUGGCUGGGGCCCGGCCGCGCCAACACCGGCGGCGCCGCGAACAACUACGCCUACCUGACUUUCCUGCACGGCCCGCGCAGCUGCAUCGGUCAGGGCUUCGCGAAGGCGGAGCUGGCGUGCCUCGUAGCGUCCCUGGUUGGUCGGUUUGAGAUGGUGCUGGCGCAUCCGGAGAAGAAGCUGGAGGUGAGACAGAGCGCGACGGUCUGUCCGAAGGAUGGGGUGUUGGUGAAAAUGAAUGUUUUGGAGGGGUGGUAGUCUGCUAUUUCUUUUAUUUUCUGUCUUUCUUGAUUUCUUUCUUUCUUUUUCUUUUUUUCAAAACAUUUUUAUAUAUAACUACAGUUCCGAAGUAGGUCCGAUGAAAGCGACAAACUUUUCUUUCUAUCCUCUGUCCCUUGAACGUGCAAGUAUAGUAUAGAC